UUAGCACUGCUGAAACUUUCCAGACCCGUAUCGGGUCGUAUGAUUCGAGCCGUCUGUCUCGACAAAGCUGAGAACAACUUGCCUAGACGCUGCAUUGCUACAGGUUGGGGACGUACAACUCAAACUGGAAAGCUGUCUGGCAUUUUGAGGCAGGUGAGGAUCCCCGUGCACGAUAAUGAGCUGUGCAAAGCGAAAUACGGGCCCUCAGUGCCCAUCCAGGACAGCCACCUGUGUGCUGGCAAACUUGAUGGAUCCACCGGUGCUUGCAUAGGUGAUUCAGGAGGACCACUCCAAUGUAGCCAGAAAGACGGAAGAUGGUACCUGUUGGGCAUUACCUCUUUUGGAUCAGGAUGCGCUAAACCUGGUUAUCCGGACGUUUAUACUCGAUUAUCAUUCUAUUUACCCUGGAUUAAUGGAAAAAUACAACACCAAUAGAAUUUAAACAAAGGAAAAGAAGUAAAAUUCGACACAUAGAGAAAAAGUUUCUUUGAUAAAGAUCUCAUCAGAAAGAUUUUAGAAUUCAUCAAAGAUCAAAAAUUUUGUGAAAAGAAAAUUAUCUAGAAUAAUGAAAAAUGAAAUCACUGUUCAACUGUUACCUUAGAAUUGAUUCAAUAGUUCCAGAACUGGUAGGCUAACUAUUAUAUUUUAUUUUCAAUUAUUGAUUAUUCUCCAUGUAAAUAGUAGGUUACAUUACAAAUAACAAAGUGUGUGUGUGUGAGAUAUGAUUAUUAUAUCGGACUUUACUGAAUGGAUAUAAAAAAAAUAUUUGAUUAGUCCCUUUUGCUUUCUCACAUUACAUUAUCUUUAUACUAGAAGAUACUACUUGAGCCACACAAACCUUGAUAUUAUAUUUG